CUCCACGCAUCUGUCGGCCAGCUCCUUCGGGAUCACGUGACGCAUGUGAGGGAGCAGUAUGGCGGACAUGCAUGUGGAGCCUCAAAACAAAUUGUACCGUUUGUUCAGCUAACCCCGCCGCGAGGAAACAUCGAUACCGCGCGUGAAGUCGGGCCGGCGGUGGCCGAAUGGUCAGCAGGAUGGAGGAGGAGAACAAACUUCAGUUUCCGUCUCUGCCCGAUACCAAGGAGGACCUUCUGGAUUGGGCGUAUCCGAUGAGACGAGAUAUGCAGGAGAUUUUACCAGGACUGUUUUUAGGUCCCUACUCUUCUGCGAUGAAAAGCAAGCUGCCAAUUCUCGAAAGACACAACAUAACACACAUUGUGUGCGUCCGCCAAGACAUUGAAGCCAAUUUUAUCAAACCUAAUUUCCCUCACAUGUUUAGAUACCUUGUGUUAGAUAUUGCUGACAAUCCAGUGGAAAAUAUAAUCCGCUUUUUCCCUAUGACUAAAGAAUUCAUUGAUGGCUGCUUAGCAACAGAAGGAAAGGUACUGGUUCAUGGUAAUGCAGGGAUAUCAAGAAGUGCUGCCUUAGUGAUUGCAUAUCUUAUGGAAACAUUCGGUAUGAAAUACAGGGAAGCAUUCAGCCAUGUUCAGGAGAGGAGGUUUUGCAUCAAUCCCAAUGUGGGCUUUGUGCAUCAGCUACAGGAAUAUGAAGCAAUCUACCUUGCCAAACUGACCAUUAAAAGGAUGUCGGUGCAGUUGGACAGGCCGUUCUCGCUACAAGCUGGGAUGCCAGGAAGCCGCAAACGCAGCCUGGAGGAAGAUGAAGAUUUUGGAGGGAUGCAGGUCGCAGCUGCACAGAAUGGAUGAGCUUUGCUGAUAAUGUUUGCUGUGUGGCAGAGUGCACUCAAUUCUUCUUUUUUUUUUUCCAUUUUUAAUGGGAUUAAAAAUGUAAAUAUUUGAACUUUUUCUAAGGGGAAGGGAUCGGGGCAGGACGGGAACUACUCAUGUCUGAGACAUGGAGUACUAAUAGGGACUGGGAACAAUUUGAUAACUCAUUUCUUUCUUUCUUUCUUUCUUUUCUCUUGAGCUGUAUGCACUGAUGGGGGACUUUUUUUCUUUUUUGCAGUUUUAUAGUAUUUAAAGCAUUUUGCAUUUGCAGCGGGACAGUAUUGCAAUAAUGCACUUUCGAUACUUGAAUUUGUGUAGACGACCAGGUGGGGAAAGUUGGCAAAAGGGAAAGUAGCCAAGAUAUCGCCCAGUGGAGGACAUGAGAAGAGGAAUAGCUACGCCUUUAUUUCGGGAGUAAUAGGGUUAUGGACUAAUAUCAGACUUAAUGUGGGGUAGUAAGGAAUAGAAAACUCACUGCUUAAUAAAGUCCUGAGUCCUGUU